GAGGGUAAACGUAGUUUCUGGGGGUGGGGUAAACCCCAUUUGACGUGUAUAAAUUAAAGGAGGGCUGGUGCAUAUCUCCACAAGGUCUUUGGAUUGGUUUGGAUUUCUCCUUAACUGAACUUGAACACUAACUCUUUUCAAAGAUGUUGAACAUUAAAAUCUGCACAUUGUGCCUCAUCUUAUUUGUCCUUUUCAGCACGGAGACAGAGGCAGCAAGAUGUUGCCUCAACUAUCGUAAAUCACCGAUAGACUGUCGAAAUAUGAAAGGCUACUAUAUCCAGGACAUCACCAAAAGAUGUGACAUCCCUGCAAUUGUCUUUCAGACGGUGACAGGAAGAUUAAUAUGUGCAGACCCAAAGGAAAACUGGACUCAAAACCGAGUCUCAUGCCUGAAAAUGAAGGCAGAAAAAAUGAAGAGUGUCAAUAUGUUUUAGGAUGUCUACAGUGCGCAAAAAGAAGUUUAAUAAAACAUAUAUUUGUUACAGCUAGUGUGAACCUGUUAAAAAUGUGUUGGUUUGUAAGCCUCUUAUGGGAUGUUGUUAAUAAAUUUGGAAAGUUUUGUGUUUUAUAAGACAAAAUGUUUUUUUACAGCUUGUUACACUCACUGUAAAAUAUAUGUUAUAUAUUAAUAUAUUAUUGAUAUUAUAUUCUGCAGACAGCCUUAAUUUGUCCCUGGCUUUAGUUGCUUUUCUUAUAAUUUAUAGUUGAACCAAUUGACCAAACCUAAAAAUGUCAGGCAGCUUAUGAAGUUAAGUUUUUAGGUUAAAGUUUGUAAAUGUUUUUUUUUAAAUAAUGGUUUAUAUUUUAAUAUGGAUUUAAAAUGUGUACGUAUUUAAGAGACACGCAUAUUAGAGAUUAUUCCACAUGGUUUCUGUAAAUUAAAUGUUAAAAGUUGUAUAUUGAACGUAUGUUCUUAUGUUCAGAACGUUCUCUUUUGUGGAACGGCCUAGUGCUGACCUCUUCUGUUCAAAGCUAGUAUAGUAAGCUAUGUGUUUUUGCCUUUGGGUGAAAUUAAAUAUUCAAUGUAAUUGUUUAAACUAAUUGUAAAUUAAAUUUUAAUAAUUUUUAUUUGCUGUUGUAUUUCUAAAUAAACGUCCUUCAUUUCACUUUU